AUGGAAAAGGUGAAAAAGGAAUUCGCUUACAUGUCAAGAGAUUCUCGGUUUAUUGUCGAAGUGCUAGGUAUAGUCAGGGAUGGCUUUGGGUCUCCCGUGAUACUUAUGCCGAUAUAUCCUCUCGGGAGCUUAGCUGGCUGUACCCUCACGGAGAAAGAGUCUGUUACCGCUUUCAGACAAAUCCUCGUGGGACUCAUGCAGCUCAAGGAUUCUGACAUAUUGCAUCGGGAUAUAAAACCAGGUAACAUCUUAAUUAGGAAGCGAACGUCUAAAACCUUCCAGAUUGUUCUGGCAGACUUCGGUAUUGCGGGUAAAUACACAGAACAGUCAGACUACUUCUAUGGGACCGCAUACUACAAGGCACCCGAAAUCUUCAACGAGUCAGCGGAAGUAGUGGAUGAUAGGUCUGAUGUGUGGUCCACGGGAAUUAUUAUGCUUGAAAAGAUGUAUGGUCUCGAUAAAGGAAAGUUCCCUAAGCCGAAAAGCGACUCUGAAAGGGCAGAGUGGUAUGCCCGCUGGCAGAAGGAAGUGAGGCGUAAGGUUGAAGGUAUCGAGUGUGAGUCUGAGCUAGGAGGUUUGAUGAAGAUAAUUCUCCAGAGCAUCUUUGUUGACUGUGGCAUCGGGUUCGACAUAGUUCUUAACACUCGUCCUCGGCCAGAUGGUUCAGGCAGUCCGGGUGACAGUACGGCUGGUGGAGCAUUCAAUGGCGAAGCCUCCGUCCCAGUGCCUUGA